AUGCAUCUCAGCCUGGUUAAACCUUUCACCAUGUUUGACUGGGCACGUGUUACUGUUGUUUUCUGUUUCUGCGUUGCAGUUUCGAGCGCAGAGAUUACAGUAAACCAACCGCCUUCAAAAUCGACUUCCCUCGGAGGGACCGUCCAGAUUACAUGCACCUUGUCGGGUGCCUCGUUAGGAAGCUCCACCAUUAGUUGGUAUCAGCAGAAAUCUGGAAGUGCUCAUCGGUAUCUGCUUUAUCACUACGCUGGCAGCAGCACGAACAGAGCCUCAGGUGUUCCAAAUCGGUUUUCGGGCUCCGUCUCCGGCAACACAGGAACGUUAAGUAUCAGCAGAGUUGAAUCGGGAGACGCCGCGGACUAUUACUGUGCCAUAUGGAAAAGCAGCAUCGGCUACUUCGGCACAGGCACCAAGCUGAGUGUGGGCAGUCCGCGGGAACCAUCGGUAUCCCUCCUUCCGCCUUCAUCGGUUCAAAUCACGGAAAAGAACACGGCGACCCUGGUGUGUUUGGUGAGCGGGUUUAACCCGGGCGCUGUGGAGAUUGAGUGGACGGUAGAUGGCAGUGUCAAGGGGAACGGUGUGGAGACCAGUCGGAUCCAGCAGGAGACGGACAACACGUUCAGUGUGAGCAGCUAUCUGACCCUGUCAGCCUCGGAGUGGAACUCACACGAGCGUUACUCCUGUGGGGUUAAACAUGAGACUCAGGCAACUCCGUUUCAGACAAGUAUCUCGAGAUCGAGCUGUAUGUGA